AUGGCCAAGCGGUUGAUCAAUGAGAACGAAGAGGGUCGUUCUGGUGAUCUCACUUCUGGAGCUCAGCCAGGGCGUUCUUCUGGUCGAGCUCAUCGAGGUCGCUCUUCUGGUCGUCAUCGCAGGUCUCGCUCGCGGCGUGAGAGAAAGGAUAGGGGCAAGACUAGCCGUGGGAGAAGGGAGUCUUCCAGGAGUCGUUCACCCCAAGGAGAAGAGCCCGGAUCAGAGUCGGCCAGUGAGGACAUGGAUCCAGAAACUCAAAUGAGCAGCUUGGCGCUUCAGCUGGGCUUGAACAUGGCCACUUUGAAGCUGAAGACAAAGAAGCAAAUUAAAGUGGAGGAUUUGGCACCUGAAGCCAUCAUUUUUGUAUUGGCUCAGCCGCCAGGUUGCACCACCAAGCUACCGCAGUUGUCAACGUACACCCUGCAUGAAACUGGAGGGGAAUUGUUUGCACUUCGGCAGGCAGCUGCAGCAAGGCUCAAGAAAAAAGGGAAAGAAUCCAAACGUUCGCAGCAGUGCGAGGAGAUGGUUUGUGCUGAGGAAGCUGUGCUGAGGAAAUGGAAAAGUCGCCUGUGUGAGAUUUACGAGCAGCUGGCUACAGGGAAGAGCAGGCGCACUCAUCUCCUUGGCUACCCAAGCCUCAUGGCUUUGAGAAUGAGCACGUUGCCCGAGAUAGUGAGGCAACUGCGCAAGAAUCCGAAGAUGCCUGCGCAGCUUGAAAAGCUUGUGAGCAACAGCGUGAAUGCUGCCAAGGGUGAGCUUGAGCACUUCUAUGAUGAAGUGACUUUCCGGAGUGAACGGGAGGCGAAGCGUCGGCAGGAGAAAAAGCACAAGGGUGAGCAGAAGUCCAGGGACCGGCGUAGGCAGCCGAGCAAAGAGGAGCAGCGCAGGCAGCGCGAGACCCGCACAGAGGUGAGGCAAUUGGAGGAGACCCGGUCGACUCGUGUGGAGAAGAGUGAGAAGGUGAAGCGUGAAGAGAGGGGGGCAAGGAAGAGGAGUGAAUCAGAUGUCUCGCGCAGCAGUGACAGCCGCUACUAUGAUCCAAAAAGCCCUCAGACACCGCCAGAGGUGACCUCCUCUGACAGGGACAUCUUUUGUGGACGCUUUGCCGAAGACUUUGUUUCUGGUGCCAGUCGUAGGAAGGAUGAGUCUGCAGGCACGCCGGAGAAGGCUAAGAGCAGGUCUGAAUCUCCUGCGCCUGACAAGGCAUUCGCCAAGAGCAUGGAAGACAUCCUCAUUGGCGCAGUGGCAUGUGGAGCGUUGUCAAAGGACACCCAAGGGUUUGCGUGUGCUGCUCAAACUGGCCGACGCUCACAAAGGGGUAGUGUGUUUGUGAUCUGGUAA